AUGUUGCAAAAUCCUUUUUUCGUUCUUCAUGUCACACUCUGGUCUGAAGAUGGACGAGAUGAACGAAAUGUGAUUAGCAACCCGCCAAAGACAACACGUGUUCUUAUGGGAUCACUUGUUUCAUCCCCGGCCAUCCUCAAGAAUACCACGGGAGAACAAGGAUGUUACUUUUGUUUUCCAGAUCUCUCUAUACGUACAGAAGGAAAAUACACUCUGAAGUUUUCUUUAAUGAAGCUGGGAACCGAAGAUAGACUAAUUAAUACAAGAACAGAGAUAAUUGCUACUACAUAUUCAGACCCUUUUACCGUAUAUUCAGCAAAAAAAUUUCCCGGGAUGACAGAAUCAACGGAAUUAUCUAAAGCUUUUGCAAAGCAAGGAUUAAAGAUUCCGAUUAGAAAUGAUGUACGCCCGAGGAAAAUUGCUGAAGAUUAA